AUGAGCUCCUCAUCCGGCCCCCAACCCGGCUCCGGCCCGGCCGUGGCCCCGUCCGCCGCCGCCGCCGAUCCCGGCGACGUCCAACCCUCGGCGCCACAACUACCACAAGAAGACGCAGAGUCGUACGAAUCCCGCCACGUCCACACCGUCUACGAGGCCAUCGCCCCUCACUUCUCCUCCACCCGCUACAAGCCCUGGCCCCUCGUCUCCUCCUUCCUGCUCUCCCUGGCCCCAGGCUCCCUCGGCCUCGACGCCGGCUGCGGCAACGGCAAGUACAUCGGCGUCAACCCGGCGGUGUACAUCAUCGCCUCGGACCGCAGCGCGAACCUCGUCUCGCUGGCCCGGGACUACCAGCCGCCGUUCUACAACGAGGGCGCUCCCAAGAGCAAAGGCAAGGCCAAGAACAAGGCGGCAGCAGAAGCAGCGCCGCCCCCCGAACCUCCCAAGCCGUCCCCCAAGAACCAAGUCCUGGUGGCCGACUCCCUGGCCCUGCCCUACCGCCAAUCCGCCUUCGACUUCGCCAUCUCCAUCGCCGUGAUCCACCACAUGUCGACCCGCGAACGCCGCAAAGCCGCCGUCGCCGCGCUGCUGUCCGCCGUCCGGCCCCGCGAGGGCAAGGUCCUGGUCAUGGUCUGGGCCCUGGAGCAGGGCAACAGCCGGCGCGGGUGGGACUCGGGCGCGGAGCAGGACCAGCUCGUCUCGUGGGUGACCAAGGGGUCCAAGACGGAGGCCCAGGAGAAGCCCACGGAUACGACGUACCAGCGGUAUUACCACCUCUACCGCGAGGGGGAGCUCGAAGAGGACGUCGUGGCCGUCGGGGGCCGGGUCCUCGAGAGCGGCUACGAGAGGGACAACUGGUGGGCCAUCUUCUGCCGGGAUUCAUGA